CAUGCAAAAGACCGCAUCGCCGGGAUCGAAUCAUUUCUGCAGGUUAUGUGUUCACAUUGGCACAAGCCCUCAACAAAUUCGUAAUCUCCGGCUUUUUGUGUAGUUUUAUUUAAAUAAUAUCUAUUUGCAAUCAAAAUGGGUGAAGAAAUACAGCGGAAAUUGCAAAGUGAAGUUGAAAAUUUCAAAGCGUCGCAAAAAGAACUACAAAAGGCAAUCACAAAUAGACAACAACUGGAUGGUCAAUUAAAUGAGAAUAAAAUAGUAAAGGAUGAGUUGAAUCUAUUAAAAUCUGAGGCAGUAGUGUAUAAAUCACUGGGCCCUAUUUUAAUCAAAACUGAACUCAGUGAAGCCAAGCAAAAUAUUACCAAACGUAUCGCCUUCAUCACCAAAGAACUUGAACGUAUUGAUACACAAAUUGAAGGACUGGAGAAGAAACAGGACUCAUACAAGGGCAAUAUUCAAAAAUUGCAACAGCAAUAUCAACAAAUGCAAAUGAAAGCAGCAUUGAAAGCAUAAACUAUAGUGUUUAUUUUCAUCUGGAAGCUUUUUUGACUCAUUCUAUAAUUAUGUUUCAUUUAAUGUAUAAUUUAUCACUAACUUUAAUGCCUUUACUUCAGAAAUAAUUGCACAUUACUGGUAAUUUGAGAAAA